AAAGCUAAAAGAAAGUAGUUUGGGGAUAACUUUCACUGACCUCUGAGCUUUGAAACGGAGGGGCAGUGUGUGUGUGUGAGGCUCCUUUCGGGCGGUAGGUGUCGGAUAUUUCAUUGUUUGCUCUCCGGUUCUGUUGAAGUUAGCCUGGAGGCAAGGCACGAGCUCUGCUCGAGUUCAAAACAGGCUCGCAAACAAGUAAACAAGCCUGUUAUUAAAAUGAGACUGAAAGGAAGAGGAGAGUCACUGUAAAAGGAGCCUGCCAUGUCCGGUCCCACUUGGCUUCCACCGAGGACUCUGGAUAGCCCAGAGCGAGCCGUCCCCCAGAUGUCCCACUCUGCUGGGUCAGCGAUCUACCGGGCCCCCAACAAGAAGGGGAUGCCCGACUUCCGGCCGAAGUACGGCCCCUAUGACCAGAACGGAGGAGGAGGAGGAGGAGGAGGAGGUGGAGGUGGAGGAGGAGGAGGAGGGAUGGCCAACAGGUACAUGGCUACUGGACCCACAGGUGGGCCCAUUCAUCAUUCCUCCAACGAUCACUAUUACCCUCCACCCCACGGGCCCAAAGAAGACCGCAACUGGAGCCCCCACAUGGACAGCUACGAGCUGAUGCACCGUGGUCCUGAAAAGCCGGCGAGCUAUCACUCUAAAAUCGAUGCUGAUAUUGACUCCCUCACCAGUAUGCUCGCUGACCUGGACAGCCACCCACAGGACUCCAGCACACAACUGUACGACAAUGUGCCUUACAACAAAUACCUCUCAGGGGAUCAUUACAAGCCUGCGCACCAGAACGCAGCCCCUCCUCAGGGUCGGCCAUCCAUGGGCUACCCCCCUCAUCCCCAGAGCCAAUACCACCCAGCGCCCCCUUACCCCAGCGAGCACCAGUCACCUCAGUACGCCACCUCCCACCAGCAGGACUACUACUCCUCCUCUUCAGCCCCUAAACCGUACCCCCAGCCUGUCCCAGCCUCCUACACCACAGCCUCCACUCCCACUGGACCCAGGUUCAGUGUCCAGGUGAAGACAGCACAGCCUGUCACCUACUCUCAGACAGGGAGACAGGCUGAACAGGCCUACACCCCACCCCCUCCUCGCCAGCACAUGUCACGCCCACCUCCCCAGACUCAGACAAGUCAGCAGGGCUGGUACCCUCCACAUCAGGCUCAGGAGAUGCACUCCGAGGUGGGGUACAAGGGGAACAGCUCAGGGUCCGGAGGAAGAGGUAAUCAGGUUCCGCUGUCCAAGAGAGGGAUGGAGAAUAACCAGACAGGGUCCGGGGCUGCACAGAGUCCUGCUUAUCAGUCCAGUAAGCAGGGAUUAGUAACACCCAGACCUGAGGAAGAGUUGGAACGACUCACCAAGAAGUUGGUAUAUGAUAUGAACCACCCCCCUUCGGAGGACUAUUUUGGUCGCUGCGCCCGGUGUGGUGACAACGUGGUUGGUGACGGCAGCGGCUGUAUCGCCAUGGAGCAGGUCUUCCACGUGGAGUGUUUCACAUGCAUCACCUGCCACGCCCGUCUCCGAGGGCAACCUUUCUACGCCCUCGACAAGAAGAGUUACUGUGAGAGCUGUUACAUUAGUACAUUAGAGCGCUGUUCAAAGUGCUCCAAGCCCAUCCUGGACCGUAUCCUGCGGGCCAUGGGGAAGGCCUACCACCCUCGCUGUUUCACAUGUGUGGUUUGUAACUGCUGCUUGGACGGGGUGCCCUUCACCGUGGACGCAACCUCUCAGAUACACUGCAUAGACGACUUUCAUAGGAAGUACGCACCUCGCUGUUCAGUGUGCGGUGAGCCCAUCAUGCCCGAACAGGGCCAGGAGGAGACCGUGAGGAUAGUGGCUCUGGACCGCAGCUUCCACGUUAACUGUUACAUCUGUGAGGAAUGCGGCCUCCUGCUGUCCUCUGAAGGGGAGGGUCGAGGCUGUUACCCGCUGGACGGCCACAUCUUGUGUAAGAGCUGCAGCGCUCGCCGCAUCCAAGACCUCUCAGCCAAAAUCUCCACGGACUGCUAACCAAACCUCCUGCGUCCUCUCACUCUCGCACAUCCACGGACGAGUCAACAUAUUACACGUCGUCGUUGAUAGUACAGAGAGGAAAUGCCUGUGCUUUGUUCAGAGUCGUGAGCUACUUUUUCUUUUCUUUUUUUCUUGGUUGCUCUGACUGUGAGUUGACAUAAACAUUGCUAUAGUUCCCUCUGUUGGUAUCCAGCUGCAAUUUCAUUUACAGAGGAACACUUACUGAUUUAAAAUUAGAGUUCGGAUGGAGCAACCACCUUUGCUACCUUGUUUCCUUCCACUCAGAAGUCCUACGACAUUUUUCUUUCACUUUUGGUACACAGCUGCCCCAUUUUUCAUGUUUAGUUCUGUAUUAGUUUGACAGUGGCCUGACCUGCAGGCAGCUUGGGCUCCACUUACCAUUUAUUCACACCGGUACUGCUCAACUAUUAGCUCGCACAUUGUUAUGGUAUGAAAGGAUAUUAUAGAUUUUGACCUGAAAAUGAGGAGGGUUAUUUUUGUUUGCAAAAGAAGCAGCAUAAAGGAUAAUUAGGAUGACGGCUUGUCUUAAUCCGACUCAACGACGGGACCUGUACAUUUGUAAAACACUAAACAUUUAAAGUGCAGAAACUGCCUCAAAACAAGCAUAUUAAAAAGCACAUAAUGCAACAACUGUGACUGUACAUAACAGGCUGGUUUGGUUUGAUGAUGAAACUGUUUUGGAAAAAGCAUGUAGCCUUUUUAGUGCAGUGAAAGUAGCCUCAUAGCACGAGAAAUGUAGACGAAAGGAAUGUGUAGUUCACUUUACGACCCAGACCGUAGUUUUCUUUAGCUUUUCUUAAUCGCUAGUACAAUAUUCGCUACAUUACAGUAUCAUGUUUAGUUAUUAAAUCAAAGCUCAUAACAGGAUUUUUGCCAUUUCUUUUUAUUAUUUUUUUUAAUCAUCCAGAAUAACAUUUUUGAAUGUCUACGAAACACAAUCUUGCUUUGGUUUGUUUAACAUUUGUUUUUGGUUGAUACUUGACUGUUACAUUGAAGAUGAUGGUGCAAUGAAGUCAAACGCUUUGUUCUAAGGAAAAACAGGGUGUCGGCCCCUAACGAGAACAUCCUAUUGUGUGAAGCUUGAGCCUCGUGAAGAGUACAUGUGCCAUUUACGGGGGAAAUAUGAAACUAAAAUUAUACUCGAUUUAAAAGUAUAUGGGUUGAAUUCAUUUACUCGACAAAUACUGUUUAUUCUUCACAUUAGAUUAAAUAAAAGUGGAAUUUAACGUGAUGUUUUUUGUGAUUUUGGAAAACAGCUCUUCACACGCGUUGUUUUUUGUUCGUCCUUGCACUCAUGUGGGCCAAGUUUUCAUUCUCUGAGACUUUGGAGCUACAGUAUUUGUUAUGAUUGUGUUUAACCUCUUGUCUUUCCGUCCUGAUUUUUGUACACGUGUAACUUUAAAGGGCUAAAAAUCUCAAAAGCCUUACCUCAAGGAUGUCACUCAGUUUCAUAAUGAUCCCUUUUUUUUUAAACCGGAUUUGUCUGUGAGUUCUGCUUUUUUUUUUCUUUUGUGACAGAUUGUGAUCAUGCUAUAACGGUUCAGUUUUUCAUCUCUUGUUAAUUUAUCUUGUGACGUGUAUACUGUGUUAGCAUUAGCAUCCGCUUUUUUAUCAACUUUAUCACUUCAUUCGUGCUCAGAUGUGUCCUUUUUUCUUUUUUAAAUCCUGACCCAUUUCAUCUCUCGUGUCCAUGAAUCCCGUCAUUUUCUUUCCGUUCCAUUUAUCCUCCUUUACUGUGUUCAGUGUUGAAUGCUGUGAAUUGGAGCUUGUAGAUCAAAGCCUGUGGUACUGCAGCAAAACUCUGUCUGCUGAUGAAUUCACACUGGUUACACAAUUGAGGUCAUUUUGUAUGAACAGGUUGUUCCAGUACAAAUGGCAGUUAGUUACAUUACUGGCAGAGCAUGUGAACACAUUUUCUCCUAAUACAGGUUGUAGUAACAUAAUUAUUAAAAUGUCAACAAGUC